GCGCCGGGGCUUGUGGCGUCAAUGCGCCCGCCGUGUCCAUGGAGAGAGGCUGAGGCGGCCGAGCUCCGGCCCGAGGCACCUGGGCGCCGGGACGGCCAGGAUGUCGGCUUCCUUAGUCCGAGCCACCGUCCGGGCCGUGAGCAAGAGGAAGCUGCAGCCCACUAGGGCUGCCCUCACCCUGACACCUUCAGCAGUGAACAAGAUAAAACAACUUCUUAAAGAUAAGCCUGAACAUGUAGGUGUGAAAGUUGGUGUACGAACCAGGGGUUGUAAUGGCCUCUCAUAUACUCUAGAAUAUACGAAGACAAAAGGAGAUUCUGAUGAAGAAGUCGUUCAAGACGGAGUCAGAGUGUUCAUCGAAAAGAAAGCACAGCUAACGCUUUUAGGAACAGAAAUGGACUAUGUUGAAGACAAAUUAUCCAGUGAGUUUGUUUUCAAUAACCCAAACAUCAAAGGAACGUGUGGCUGUGGAGAAAGCUUUAAUAUUUGACCCCUCGGGAGUGCGCUGACUGUAAGCCCCGGGAAAGCUGUGGAAGUCCCGGGACUUACUGAAGAGAUCAUGUGAUUGUCACGUGCUUAAGGUGUGUAACGUAUGGCUGCCUUACGAGGACAAUAAAGUGUGCAUUUUGAAAAUGAAGCCAGUGUGUUAGAUUCCAGAAAAAGUGGUAUUUGUAUUCUUUUUAGGGGCCAUCGCUCUCUUUGGGUCAUUUUUCUUAUCUGUAAAGAAAAACAAAUCCUACCCUGCACCUAAUUUGCUUGCAUCCUUCCUGUUAGAACCAGCUUCAUGACAGUCGCCUUCCAGGGAGAAUUUCAGGAAACAUUCUCACACUCCUUAGAUCUCUGUUGAAUGUGCAUCUCCCAACCAGGUUGAUGGCUCCUAAAAUUCAGAGGCAGACAGUCCUGACUGCAGGUGUGAUCUGGGGCAUUGGUUUUCUCCCAAACUUGUCAUUGUCUUUCUACAUUUUCAUCCAAAAUUUCAUUGUCAGUUGCCUCGUUCACUUACUCUUUAGCAGCACCAGCCAUUAGAUGAAGGUAUCAGACAAAGAUGUCCUUGAACUGCAGAAUAGGUCUGAGUGACGGCAUCAAAAGAUAAGGAAUGCUUCCCCCACCAUGUUUAGUCCGUUUCUGUUGCCACCCAACAUGUCCGCUCAAAGGUGGGGUCUCACACUGAGAGCCUUUGAGUCGGAAGAUCUAUAAAAAGCCAUUUGGCCCGCGCCCUCAGUUCUGUACCUAGGAAGCAAAUCCUCAGGGAGCCUGAAGGGCCGUGUCGCCCCUCCAGCUGCAGGCUGGGUGGGGACAGAAGGGGACUGCUGCAUCUCCCCUUCCCUGUAGGUGGCCUCCCUGCACUGUGCUCCAGGCAGUCAGGGAGGGUGCAUGGGUGGUCUGGCUUUUUGCUCUGCUCAACACUUUAAUCAGAUUUCUUUGUAAUUUGGUGCAGAUCAUGUUUAGUUUUUAUUUCAAGAGGAAUCUUAUUUUAGAACCCAUUUAUGUGAAUUGCCUUCUUGUUUCUUUAGAACCAUGAAGCAGUGGUUUCUAACAGCAGGGAAGACAUCGUAGCAACCCAGAAAUAUCCUUUUGGAAUGUAGUAGUAAUCAUGAAGCAGAACUUGGGGUCUUUUCUUAAAAUUCUCCAUACACCUACACUUUCUGGAUCCUAAGUCCAAUUACUAAAAUUUCUAAACCUAACAUUUUUGUCACCAACUUUUUUUUUAGCAGUGUUCCUUUUGUCUUUUAGUGAUUUUCCUGGGUUUGACAUAUUAAGUGUUGCGUGAGAUGACAUACAUGCUUUUUUUGAGAGCUGAUUCUCAUGAAUUGAAGUAGCUGCUUCCCUUACAUUUGUCGUAUUUACUAAAGUACCUGGCUCAGGAUACACCAAAACCUAGAGCGGCAGCCCUGGGUAAUGCUCAUUGGUUUGUGUCAUUAAUAUAAUUGUCAGUCCACUUACCAUCUCACAGUCUGUGUAAUACUGGAUGUAUGUAGAGUUUGAGUUGUCAAUAAAAAAAUGUGGCCUCGUU